GGAACAAAACACACACACACACACUAGUCUUACCAUUAAAAAAUGGAGGGUCGAGUGAAGCUCAUCAUGGUUCACAUUCUCUUCGUCUUCUUCUUGUCGCUCUCUUCUUUCACUGUUUCAUUAUCAGCAACAAGUUCAAGAAGAUCGCAUUCAUUAACCACAAAAGAAAACCCAUUCACACCAAAAGCUUCACUGAUUCGCUUUUGGAACAACCACAUCUCCACCAACCUCCCCACCCCUCAUUUCCUCCUAUCCAAAGCCUCCCCUCUCUCAGCCACCACGGCGGCGCAUUUCACCAAACUCGCCGCCCAAAACGCCCUCUCCUCCCACCUCCCCUCCUUCUGCUCCGCCGCCAACCUCUUCUGCCCCUCCUCCUCCACCACUGCACCACCACUAACCACCCAAAAUGACUCCAACUUCGCUUCCUACUCCAACAAACACUUCACCACCUACGGUACCGCCGAGCUCGGCGGCGCUGCCACCUUCAAAAACUACUCCGACGGCAUUAACUUCGCAGCCCAUUCAUUCUCUCGCUACGGCCGAAGCGCCACCGGCCAUAACGAGAGUUUCGCGAGCUAUGCCACCGACGGGAACGUUGCGGAUUCCAACUUCUCCUCCUAUGGUGCUGACGCCACAGGCGGCUCCGGCGAGUUUCAAAACUACCAAUCUCAAGUCAAUGUUCCGAAUCUUCUAUUUGCUAGCUACGAUUCUGAUGGAAACGAUCAUAAACUCUCUUUUUCAAAGUAUACCGAGGAUACGAAUUCGGGAAGCGAAGGGUUUAUUAACUAUGGCAAGAAUGGCAAUGGGGUGCCUGCUGAGUUUACUGCUUAUGGAGAAAAGUCGAACAUUGUGGGGUCCACAUUUUUAGGGUAUGGGGAUUUGGGUAAUGCUGCAAAUGAUUCAUUUAAAUCUUAUAGUUCUAAUUCCAAUAACCCUAAUAAUAAUUUCAAGAGAUAUGGUAGUGGUGGUGCUCUAUCUGCCAUUGAUAGCUUCUCCAGCUAUCGCGAUGGAGCUAAUACUGGUAAAGAUAACUUUCAAUCUUAUGUGAAGAAUUCAAAUUCGGGAAAAGUAAGUUUUUCAAAUUAUGGAAAGACGUUUAAUGGAGGGAUUGAUUCAUUCAAAGAAUACGGCAAAGGAUCGAUGGGUCACUCGAUUGGAUUCAAAGUAUAUGGAGCUAACAUUUCAUUCAAAGAUUAUGCCAAAAAGGGUGUUGAAUUUGCUCAGUACACCAAUUCAAGCUCUAGCACUAAUGGUCAAAUGGAGGUCAGUGGCAAAUCUGUAAAUAGUUGGGUAGAGCAGGGCAAAUUCUUCCGGGAGGCCAUGUUGAAAGAAGGAAAUAUCAUGAAAAUCCCCGAUAUUCAGGAUAAAAUGCCGGAAAGGUCGUUUUUGCCCUCGGGAAUUUUGUCGAAAAUACCUUUCUCAAAGAAUCAAAUCUUGGAACUGAAGCGCAUCUUCCAUGCCUCGGACGGCUCUACUCUAGAAAGCGUGAUGGUCAACACCCUUUCGGAGUGCGAGCGAAGCCCGAGUCCCGGUGAGACCAAGCGGUGUGCCAGCUCGGCUGAGGAGAUGAUCAAUUUUGCCGUCUCAAUCUUAGGCAGCAAUCUGGUGGUUCGUACAACUGAGAAUGUGAACGGAUCAAAUCAGAGGGUGAUGUUAGGAGAAGUGAAAGGAAUCAAUGGUGGAAAAGUGACGAAAUCGGUGUCAUGUCAUCAGAGCUUGUAUCCAUACUUACUGUAUUACUGCCACUUUGUCCCAAAAGUCAAGGUCUACGUGGCCGAUAUUCUUGACGUGGAGACUAAGGUUAAGAUUAAUGAUGGUGUUGCCAUUUGUCAUGUUGACACGUCAGCUUGGAGUCCAGGUCAUGGAGCAUUUGUGGCACUGGGGUCUAGCCCUGGACUCAUUGAGGUGUGCCAUUGGAUAUUUGAGAAUGACAUGACUUGGACCAUUGCUGAUUGACCACAAAAAAAUUGAUCUCUAUAUAUGUUGGUUCAAUAAUUUAUUUUAUUUUUGAGAUGUUGGUUUAAUGUUUAAAUAUCAAAUUCAUCUCAAUUUUUCCAAUGAAGUUUU